GUACAUCACAAUAACAACAUCAAAAAAUUAUCAAUAUUUAUUUUUUAUAAAGCAAAUGACUUUAUGGACCUAAUUAAUAUUAUAUAAGAAGCGUAGCUUAAUAAAUUAAGCAAUGUAUGUAAGCGACCAAUAGUUGGGCUCGUUUUCUGACUGUAUAUUAAUAUUAAUGAGCUCCACAGGGCUACGCCCCACAGUGGUCUGUGUGCGAUUGUGUUGGCUCCGUCCUAUGGGCAGACGUGUCGUCAUAACGUGCUGGUCGCGUGGUUAAAAUCAGCUUUAUUUACGGUUAAAAUAUCGUUAGGAUAUGUCGUCUUUGUACAAACCGUUCUCGGUUUCGGAGGGGCCGUGUAAAGAUGCGCGAGGAUGCACGACGCAACGACAGCAUCCGUUGACCCGGUUUCCCUCAGCGGGUUGUUUUGGGUCUGGCGGUGGAUCGACGGGCUCAUUCACCCCGAUUCCCAACCUUUAUCCAGGCCACAGGAAUUUAGCUGCCGCUGCGAUCGGAGGGAGAAAAAUCACCCAUCCGUGGAAAGCCAUUCUCGCAGGGGGCAUUGCAGGAGGCAUUGAGAUUUGCAUCACUUUCCCAACAGAGUAUGUGAAGACCCAGCUACAGCUGGACGAAAGAGCAAACCCCCCACGCUACAGAGGCAUAGGAGACUGUGUUAAGCUGACGGUACAAGAUCAUGGGUUCAGAGGCCUGUACAGAGGUCUUAGCUCUUUGCUGUACGGAUCCAUCCCGAAAUCAGCAGUUCGGUUUGGAACAUUUGAACUACUUAGUAACCCGAUGAGAGAUGCCACGGGUCGCCUUGACAACAAAGGAAGUUUGCUUUGCGGUCUAGGAGCGGGUAUCGCAGAGGCGGUUUUGGUGGUCUGUCCAAUGGAGACGGUCAAGGUGAAGUUCAUUCAUGACCAGUGCUCUUUGAGGCCACGCUACCGAGGGUUCUUUCAUGGUGUAAGAGAAAUCAUCAGAGAUCAAGGUCUUCGAGGGACAUAUCAAGGACUGACCGCAACACUUUUAAAACAGGGUAGCAACCAGGCAAUUCGCUUUUAUGUUAUGAACUUGCUGCGCAACUGGUACAAAGGCGAUGACCCGAGUCGUGACAUGCACCCGCUGGUUACAGCAAUGUUCGGUGCGACAGCUGGGGCGGCGAGCGUUUUCGGAAACACACCACUUGAUGUUGUGAAAACCAGGAUGCAGGGUUUGGAGGCCCAUCGCUACAAGAGCACAAUGGACUGCGCUUUUCAGAUUCUGAAGAACGAAGGCCCACAGGCGUUCUACAAAGGCACGGUCCCGCGACUAGGUCGGGUGUGUCUAGACGUUGCCAUAGUCUUUGUUCUCUACGAAGAGGUUGUAAAGCUACUGAACAAUGUCUGGAGAACAGACUGAACACAAACUAGAGCAAUGACUGAGACUAUCCAAACACAGUUGGCCAUGUCAAUCAACUUAUAAACGCCCAGACUUCAACUGUGACCUGUGGCUCAGAUGAACGGAUUAAACUAGCCAUCUGUGUCUGUAUAGUUUAGGAGAUGAAAAGUAUGACGGGCAGCAAGCUGUAGCUUAUUUAUUGUGAUGCACAAAACCAUUUUUUGGUAAGUACAAGGACGAAAGCGUGUUUUAAUUUGCACUUUUAGAAAAUAAUCUAAGUGUCUUCUCAUCACCAUGCUUUUAUAAAGAUCGUCCUGGGACGAUCAGCUUAUGUGGCACAAUAAACCUAGUAGCACAGCACAGUAAAAUGAACAAAGAAAUAGCAAUGUGAUUUAACAUUAGUUUACAUGUAAAGCGCUCGGAGUUACACAUAAUUGCAGAAAAAGGUGUAAAUGUUUUAUUUUUUUUUAACAAAUUUUCACAUACAGCUCAUAUGUGGUUAACUUGCAUGUGCGAGCGUCAUUGUGACAAGCAGAUCAUUAUCACUCAGUCACGCCAGUCAUGUGAGGACUAUGGUGGUUUUGCUCUAUAUUGCUGUGUGUUAUCUUGCAAUGUAACUCUCAAGCUGUUUGUGUUUUAUUCAAGAUGUGAAUGGCAGCUGUUUUUAUUUGUUUUUACUGAGCUAUGUUGUCAAUCCAUGUGUCGGCAAAGGUUGCCAGAUGUACCAAAGCUACUUGUACCAGCUAUGCUACUGUUGUGCUUAUGUCGGAGAUGCUUAACCCCAAGGCUUUUUCAAAACAAUGCUCAAAUAGAUUGUGAAACACUUCACAAUAACUCAAUAAACUGAAUAGGUAACAUUCA